UCAAAUGUCUCCUGCAGCAGUGGGAGCGCUGCGUGCCUUCCAAACAGGGAGCUGAGUUCAUCAAUGAUAAAGGCAGGCCUUAAAGUGAGCUCUGCUUUCCUUUCAGGGGCAAAUAAGAUAAGAUCCAGAGGAGGUGGUGGAGGCUUUUGUUUCACCAUGAUUCACAGCGCUGGAAUUUAAACAAGCUGGAAACACUUUCAGAUACUGCAGAGUUCAGUUAAUGAUGGUUAAGACUGUAUAAUCUUGUUCUCUUCAGACAGCAUUGCUGUCUGAGAGGCCCUCAGAUGGGGGCAGACUCUGGCAGUGGGAUAUCUGGUGGGACUCUACUGCCAUCAUGCUGGCUUUGAGGAGUAUUCAUCCUUUUAGUCCCCUUCCUGGAUAGUGGCCAUGGUAGGGACAGGUUGGUGCUUGGAUGAUCUGAAUGGUCUUUUCCAGCCUUGAUUCUAGGCUGCUCUGCAGGUGGAAGGGAUGUGCUGCAGUGUUGGGGCUCAGCAGGUCAGGUUGAUAGAUGGAAUCAUCGAUCCUGAGGCUCUUUUCCAAUCUAAAUCAGUUUGAUUCUAUGAAUCAAUGGCUUUCUUGGUCUGAGCCAUUUUCCUCCCCAUCCUCUUCCUCUCCUGACCCUUUUACUGCCUCCUCUUAUCAUUUCACCACUGCUUCCCUCCAUCUUUCCGUUGUUCUUCCCAAAACUCUCCUGCUUUCCCUCCUCUUUGCCAACCACCCAUCCCUCAGGAGCAAUCCUGCUUCUUGGUUUGCUUUGCUGUUCAUUAUUUCCCUUUGCCCUGCCCAGGUUUCUCCCCUGGGAUCCACUCCUCCAUCCCAUAUGGGUUCCCAUUGCCAUUUCCACUCUUGGACAUGGAGAGAGAUCCUUUUCUCAGCAUGCAGUGAGCAAGGUGCUGUGUUUAUUAUCACCCCACGUUCACGUAGGCAUUGAUGCCUGUGUUGUGUCCAGUCUGAUGACAUCUUUCUGAGAACUUGAAAUUCUGAGGCUCAGUUCCGGAUUUUAACCCCCAUAAUCUACAAAGGCAGAUCCCCACAUUUCCUGCUUGCUCUUGCCAAAGCCCUUGAGAUUUCAAGAGAUUAUCUCAGCCAGUUCCUCAUGUUGUCACGGUAAGUAACUCCACGUCUUGCUUGCUUCUUUAUUGGGGUUCUCCCUGGUUUUGGCUUGCUCCUGUGUGCCCCUUCUGUGCCUGACCCCACCACACUCAGCUGUGAGAUAGAGUUCUGAAUUCUGAAUGCCUUUGCUGUCACAUCGUUGUGGUUUUUCCUCCUGGUGAAGCAACGGGCUGAGCCUCCUCUGCCUUCCUCUGGUAUUUGAUGCAGUUGCACAAGCAGAGAACCUUCUGCAGUCCUCGAUUUUAACUCCCAGGGUACUAAGAUGUCAUUGCAGGACCUCAGUUAUUUUGCAAUGAGAAGGGUGAGCUGAUGGGUUACAACACAUGGGGUUCCAUCAGGCUGGUCACUGGUGGGGUUCCUCAGAGCUCCAUUUUAGGGCUAGUUCUCUUUUUGUGUAUUUAAAGUCACCUCAGCCUGCUGCCAAUGCUCCUAAUGCAGGAUACUAUGGGCCUUGUUGGCAGCUGGGGCACAUUGCUUGUGGCCAACUCGGUGCCCAGCAGGACAGCUUGUUGCUUGUGUCAGCUUGAUGGAUGCUGUGCUGGGACAAUAUUCAGUGCCUUACAGAAGGAAGAUGAGAAGGGACAGGUAGUUCUGGUGAGAAUACCUGAUGUCAGAUGUUGAUGUGAAAAUAAAUGGCAGCAAAUGGCACUUGGGAGGAGGGUAAGAGGGAGCAGAGCAAGCAUUGCUCCCACAGGGCUAUGUCUGAUAGCAGCAGGUUAACAAAGACCAUGGGCAGCAGGAGCAGCACCUCCUCAGCUGGAUCUGUCCCCUGCUCUGGGUGAUGGGAAUGGGGAAGUCCUUCCUGCUGUGCCCAUGGGGUGUGCAUUUCACCCAUCCAUGCUGGGGGCUGGGAGCAGCAGGGUGGAACCAGCAGCACCUGUGGUGUGUCUGUGUCAGAGCCCUGGGCACGUGGCUGAGACAAGACCAAAGAUGGAAUCAAGCAACAGAACCAGGGGAUAAAACUGGGCUGAAGCUCAUGUCAGGAACCCAAGCAGAGGGUGAGCGUGAAACAGGAACUGCCUGCACUGUGCUGGGAGGAUGCAGCCUCCACCCCUCCACCGCGUGUGAUUUGGAUGCUGGAGGUCUUUCAGAGCCAAGGAAGGAGCCAUGAGCAUCCCGGUGCUGAAGGGCAUCCUUUCCCUGCUGCUCCUUGCAUGGCCAUCCACUGAACUGGCUCACCAGUCCCAGCAAACCACGGAUGUGUCCAUAGGGUCAAAUGUCACCCUCCACUGUAUGCCAAACAGACCUGACAAGGAGCUGGUGUGGUGUAGCAUCCUAAACAAAAAGAAGGAGGAGAAGAUGGUAAUGGAGACUCAUCCACAAGAGGGAAAUGGUUCUUCCAACCUCACCUUUGCAAGCAUAAAUGAAAAGCAUGCUGGAAACUACACAUGCAUUAUGAAGAUUUCACACUGUGGGGAUGGUAGAAACAAGAACUGCCCAUGCAAAAGAUACCGGACCUCUUAUACCUAUAGUGGGGCCGUUGCGCUGUGUAGGUUCAUGUUCCAGCCAGAGAAUGAGACCAUGCGUGUGAGGUGGUGGACAUGUCCAGAGCCUCGUGGUAACCCCUCGGGGCACUGCAAGGAUGCAGCCAGCACAGAGCCCACCAUGUGUAACGUGUCAAGCAGCAGCUUCACAGGCAGUGAAAACACCAGCCAAGGGAUGGUUCCCAGCUCUGAACCCGAGAUGCCUCCAACCCGUGAGCCUCGGAUGCAUAAAGAUCUCAUAACCAUCGCCUACAUAUACGGCAUCCCCAGCUUAGCGGUCGUGACUCUUCUCUUCCUGCUCUGUAUUUUGGUGUGCCUGUGCAGAAGAAAGCAAAGCAACGCUAAAGGGACUCCUGAAAGCAAGCACGCAGCAGAGAUGAGCCAGCUCAGCACGCCCCCCCCAGCUCCUCAGACGGAAGAUGUGACGUAUGCGAAGCUGAUCUUUGACAGGACAGGGGCAGUGCCUGCAGCCUCGGAGGUGGUGUACAUGGAAAUCAAGCCGCUCUAAUGGAGCCGAGGGCGGCAGCAACCAGCUGGUUAACAGCAACCCGUCCAUCAGAUGGGCGGCCUUGUCUAUGAGGCAACAAGUUAGUCCAACAGAACUUAUUGUAAUAUAUAUGUGUAUAUAUGUGUGUCUUUUCUUUCUUCUUUCUGUCUUAGUAAAUGGUUUACACCUCA